UUUGCUUUUUAUUAAAAAUCUUUUAUAUUUACUUUAUUAAAAAAAAAAAUACACACGAAAAUCAACUUGUUUUGGUUUUAUCUCCAAUAUUUGAGGAGUAAGAUGUACAAGGGAGCUUCUGUUUAAACUCCUUUCUGAGAUAUUAGCGUUAAAGUUUUUGUUGUGUGAUAACUUUCUUCUUGUUGUAGUAUAUAACAAAGUAGUUUAUUGUAGUAUUGAAAAAAAAGACUACUGCGGAAAAAAAUUGUCAGUUACCAGUGUUCGACUCUAAUUUAACAGUAUGUUUUUUUCUGAGUUACGCCUUUUUUGGAAAAAUUCUUAUUCAGUGGCCCAAAUUAGGUAAAAAAAAACUCGUUUAGACAUGAAAUUUUCGUUUCGUAAAAACGCGUUAUUUAUACGAGUAGUAAGUAGCUCUUUCAAACGAUUUAUUUCAAUGUGCAUACAUCAUGAAAAUUUUGUAAAAAAGUCCUUAGGCGCCGAACGCCGCCGCCGCCGCCGCCGCCGCUGCGCCGAUAUUUUUGUAACUCGGCGGCGGUGCGUGAGGAACGACAAAAAACGGGGCGGUGGCGUGGCUCGGCGGGGUAAACCUCUAGUAUGUACCUAAAUUUACUUUUAUUUCUGUUCUUGCAAACAACUUUAGCACUUAACCUUUAAUUAACUACAUUAGUGACAAUUAACCGUUAAAGAGGAUAUACAUAAUUAAGAAUAGAAGGGCAUAUAUGUACGCAUGUAUGUAUGUACAUACAUGAAUUCCCAUAAAAAAAAAAUUUCAGUUUGCUUGUAUUGUACUUAGUAACACAAAAUGUUCCUUCAUGUGUGGAAGCAAAACGCGAAAAGCAAUAAAUUAAAGGAGCGUACCAAACUCCAUCAACCUCGACGUUUUCAUUCGAAAGUACUGAAUCCCCAAAAUGUGGCACAAAGGCUGCGACUAGCCGUAGCGGACACAUUUUGGGAAUAUACGCAAACUACAAAAGUGAGUGGAUUGUGGCUGCUGCGGCGGAAUAGAACAAAUGGCAUUUCUAGGUGGAUUUGGUCAACUGUACUCAUAAGUCUAUUUCUACUCGGUGUUUACUUAUCGCUGAAAUUAUGGUUAAAAUUCUACUCAUAUCCAAUUUUGAAUACUAUAUCGAGUGAUCUGGCUAUAACCGACGUGGCAUUUCCGGGCAUCACCAUAUGUAGUCCCAAAGUAGUUAAUCGCGAGCGUGUGCAGCGUUACAUAACAACAUUAAACAUUCCCGACAACAUAGAUCCCCAUGAUGUUGCCAUCGGCUUGGAUUAUAUCAACGCAUUUACCGAUCAAAACUGGAAAGCUCCAACACAGGAAAGCUUCAGAUAUGCCGACGAUGUACUACGUUUCAAUAAUAAAACUAUAUAUGAGGCUGCCAAAGCCGUCAGCGGCAGCUGUGACGACUUCGUCAAGCGUUGUUAUUGGGGUAUCACCGAGUUCCCGUGUCGUCAGCAGCACGAAUAUCUCUCCUUCAUAUCGACAACUUCGUAUUUGGGUCCAUGUUGUUCAUUUAACUAUAAUCCGAAAAAUCUCUCAUAUGUACCAUUUUCUGCAAACCUUUUCGGCAUAGAUGGAGGCUUAACUGUGGUGGGCGUCGAGGGAUCCGAACGCAAUCUUUCAACUGGCUUGAUCGUCUUGGCACACCACCCCAUGGACUAUGUUACAGAAGCCACGUCUUCGGUUACAAUUACGUCCAACUCCGAGAGUUUCGUUGAAAUCUCACCAACUGUCCAAAGCUCUUCGACUGAGGUGCUAGAACUGUCGCAAGGUAAACGCGAUUGCCUCAUUUCAGACGAUCUCGAGCUGCAUAACUACCGGCAGGCAGCAUGCUCGCUCGCUUGUCGAACGGAAGCGAUAAUGAAGACUUGCCAAUGUGUGCCCUAUCACAUACCCAAUGCUGUGGCCGCUUAUCGCGAGUGCAAGUUAAAUGACAGUGCAUGUUAUUCGACUAACUAUGAUGAAUUUAAAAGUGUAAAGUGCGAAAGUUGUCUACCAAACUGCUAUGACGUCACUUAUUCAACUUUGGCCUACAAAACUGAUUUAAAAUUGCACAACUAUUCGGUUAGCCCACACUACAUGACGAUUGACUCACAGGACACUUUCAUCGUUCGCGCUUACUUGACCAGGCAAACAGUGCCAGCAAUACGGAAGGUGGUCGUAAUGUCGUGGAUCGGACUUUUAUCGGAUUUGGGAGGAGUAUUCAAUUUGUGCCUGGGGAUUAGUAUGGUAUCCCUAAUCGAAUUCGCCUACUACUGCACACAUCGUUUAUAUGUGAACUACAAGGCCCGCAGCGUUUUACUUCAGCCACUCGGUCAUUCUCAGAACAGAAAAUAAUC